AUGGAGACAAACGGCCAGGCUAAUGGGCUUAAAUCUAAAAAGAAAGACAACGGUGAUGGAAAGGAUAAUUUGUGGUCAUCUAUUCUAGAGGAAGUUCAAAACCAAGGUAAUACAAAACUUCCUUCCAACAAGAAUGUGUUAGUGUUGGGCGAUAAUGAGACUGGUAAAACGACACUUAUAGCUAAAUUACAAGGAGUUGAGGACCCUAAGAAAGGAUCUGCGCUCGAAUAUGCUUACAUAGAUGUUAGAGACGAAUAUCGUGAUGACCAUACUAGACUCAGUGUAUGGGUACUAGAUGGAGAUCCAGGGCACACAAAUCUUCUUAAGUUUGCUCUAAAUGAGGAAACAUUCCCACACACACUGGUCCUCCUCACUGUGGCCAUGACAACACCAUGGGGUGUAUUAGAUCAGUUGCAAAGUUGGGCAUCUGUGCUCGGCGAUCAUAUAGAUAAAUUGGAUCUCACACCUGAACAAAGGCUACAAAGCGAAAAACAGCAAGUUCAGAAAUGGCAAAGGUAUACGGAACCAGGCGACGAGCUAGAAGCGACGGCUUCGUCGCCCAUGAAGCGUUCGUCGAGGAAUCUCUCCGACGAAUUAGAAAGCGACGACGAAGACAAUCCCCUACCAGAGGCUGUUCUCACAACCAACCUAGGAUUGGACAUUGUUGUUGUUGCUACAAAGACUGACUACAUGAGCACGUUAGAAAAGGAGCACGAUUACCGCGAUGAGCACUUCGACUUCAUGCAGCAGUGGAUCAGACGUUUCUGCCUCAGAUACGGGGCCGCCCUCUUCUAUACGAGCGCGAAGGAGGAUAAAAACUGUGACCUCCUCUACAAGUACCUCACACACCGGAUAUACGGUCUGCCAUUCAGGACUCCAGCACUCAUUGUGGAGAAGGAUGCAGUCCUUAUACCCGCUGGUUGGGAUAGCAUGAAGAAAAUUAGUAUAUUAUAUGAAAAUAUGCAGACAUGCAAACCUGACGACUACUACAGAGACGUCAUCGUGCAGCCCGCCACGAGGAAGAGCGGCGGUCACCGUGAAGCGGAAGUGUCAGCGGAGGACGAGCAAGCGUUCCUGCAGCGGCAGCUCGCCGCGCUGCAGGCCGGCACGCCCGCGCCGCGCGCUGACUCGCCCCUUCGCACCGCGCAGCGGACCACGGCACAGCUGGACGGCACGAAGAUCGGCAUGGGUCCGAACACGCCCGGCAACGAGGGCGUGCUCGCGAACUUCUUCAACUCGCUGCUGUACAAGAAGACGGGGUCGCCGCCGGGCCGCGCCGACCCGCCCGCCGCCGCCGCGCGCUCCGACGCCGCCGCCGAGCUCGACCGCCUCACGCGCGCCAAGCGCCCGCCGCUAGACCUGAACACGUCCGAGUGC